AUGACUAGAACUAACAAAUGGACCAUCCACGAAGCUAAAUCAAACUCCAAGUUUUUUACUCAUAACGGUAAUUUUGGUGAAGAUCCAAAUCAUGUCAAGAAAGAGGGGUGCGGUAAGGGUAAUUGGGGCAAAGCAGGUGACGAGAUUAAUGACUUGAUUGAUUCAGGCGAAAUUCCCCCAGUUUAUGGCAAAGUUAGAAGAGGUUCCAAUUCUCAGUACAAUGAAGACAAAUUUGAAGUUUUGCAACAUUUUCACACCUAG